CUGGGUAGGCGGUCAUGGUGGCCUGCCGCGCAUGCGCCUGCCGAGAAUGCCUCCGAAGAGCCGCUAAGGCUGCGUGCGCGGUGCGGAAGGUAGUCGAGGGUAACACGGUUGGCGAAGUGGUCGGGUUGUCGUCCGCGCCCUGUCAAGUAGCGCGGAGUAGGUGAUGAACCUGUCGGCUCCAAGCGGCAUUCCUUCCUCCGGCUGUCGCCGCCAUUAUGUCCGUCACCGCCACUAUAGAGCAGGAGUUCCAGGAGAUCGACGCUGCUAACGGCUGGCAGCCCCGGUACCUGGAUAUUCGGCACCAGUCCAGUGAUUAUUCACAUAGAGUUGCAAAGUAUGCAGAAAAUCGAAAUCGUAAUAGGUACAGAGAUGUUAGCCCAUAUGAUCACAGUCGUGUAAUACUCCAGAAUACGGACAAUGAUUACAUCAAUGCAAGCUUGGUGGUUAAUGAAGAAGCUCAGAGAAAUUAUAUAUUAACACAGGGUCCACUUCCUAAUACAUGUUGCCAUUUCUGGCUAAUGGUAUGGCAACAAAAGACCAAAGCUGUUGUCAUGCUAAACAGAAUUGUUGAGAAAGAUUCGGUGAAAUGUGCACAGUACUGGCCAACAAGAGAGGAGGAACAAAUGAUGUUCGAAGAAACAGGAUUUUGUGUCAGGUUAAAAUCUGAAGAUGUCAAAUCCUACUAUACAGUACGCCAACUUCAACUAGAAAACCUUGAUACUCGUGAGACCAGGAUGAUAUUCCAUUUUCAUUAUACUACAUGGCCAGACUUUGGAGUUCCUGAAUCCCCAGCUUCAUUCCUCAACUUCUUGUUUAAAGUCAGAGAGUCUAGAUCCCUGAGUCCUGAACAUGGGCCAGCAGUCAUUCACUGUAGUGCUGGAAUUGGGCGCUCUGGUACAUUUUCAUUGGUAGACACAUGCCUAAUCUUGAUGGAAAAAAGAGAAGAUCCACUUUCUGUAGACAUAAAGCAAGUUUUAUUGAAUAUGAGAAAAUAUCGAAUGGGACUUAUUCAGACUCCAGAUCAGCUAAGAUUUUCAUACAUGGCUGUAAUAGAAGGAGCAAAAUACAUAAUGGGUGAUUCUACUAUACAGAAUCGGUGGAAGGAACUCUCAAAAGAGGACCAGGCACCAAGUUCUGAACGUUCCCCUCCACACCCAACCAGACUAACUACAGGGAGGCACAAUGGGAACAGAGUGGGAUUAGAAAACCAGGAGCAAAGUGAGAACAUUAUAAAUACUGACAUGUCUUCUUCAAUACAAAAUACUGCAGAUCCAAGUGCUGACACGGUUGUUCGGAAACGGCUAAGAGAUGACAGGAAAGCUAACACAGCACAGAUGGUGCAGCAGAUGAAGCAUAAGCUGAGUGAGGCUGAACGAAAAAGGAAAAGGUGGUUAUAUUGGAAGCCUAUUCUCACUAAGAUUGGGUUUGGUUCAGCCAUUUUCAUUGGAGUUUAUUCUUGCUGGAAAUUGUACUUCCAAGGUGCUCUCGUGUAAGUGAGUGCUUCUGCAAUCAUGCAUCUAGUAAUAUAAAGCUUAAAUCGGCCCCACUGAUUUGAGGGGAACAUAGCAACUAUUUCUAGGUGCAGGACUGCUGCUACAGUUGACAGAACAAGUGAGAAUAUAACUGCAACCGAUGCAGUAAUCUUGUAAUGAAGUAACCUGAUCACUAGUCACUGUGGCUGGAAUCUUUGUUUAGGUACUUAUGGAACGAAAUUGCUACCUGACAGAAAAACUAUUUAUUUAUUUAUUUAUUGGAUUUCUUACCUGCCCUUUACCAUAAGACUCCCAGCGGGGUGGGUUACAUCAACAAAAUAUGCAAAUAUAAAACAAAGCAGUUACAACUGUAAAAUAAGAAAAACAGUUUCAUAGUAUAUAUAAAACAGUGCCCACAUUUUAAAACAAUUUUAUAUAUAAAAUAGUGAGAAAUAGUUUACAGAGGCAGACUGGGAAAAGGCUUGUUGAAAGAGACAGGGUUUUUUUGGUUCAGUAGGGGCUAAAAGACAGGAUACCACCUGUCUAAUAAGGGAGGGUGUCACCAUCCUAAAGACCUAAUUUGUAUAUUGUAUAGAAAAAAACCUGAAAAGGGUGGUUUCUGCAACAGGCUCUUUUGCAGUGCUUGACUGGGUAUAUAGACGAUCCUUUAGGCAUCUUGGUCCCAAGCUGUGUAGGGCUUUGAACACCAGUCCCAGUGCCUUGAACUUAGCCUGGUACCUAAUUUGUAGCCAGUGCAGUUUUCAGCAGUGGCACGACUACGAUGAUAGUCUGCACCAGAAAGCAGUCAAGCUGCCACAUUUUGCACUUCCUGCAGCUUCCAGGCGAGCGUCAUGUAAUCCAGUCAGGAGGUUAGCAGCUCAUUGAUGACAGUGGUCAGAUUAUCCCAAUCUAGAAACAGCCAUAAAUGUCUUACCAGCCAAAGCUGAUAAAAGGCACUCCUAGCCACUGAAGUCACCUAGGUCUUUAGUGACCAAAAUGGAUCCAGGAGAAACCUGCUCCUUCAGGGAGGGUGUGGCUGUGCCUGAAGUAGGCAUUUGGACAAUUUAUUCUGAGUCCAGAGCCACCCAUCCACACUCAUGAGGCCAACUAAUGCAUACUUUCAGCAACCAUGUAUAUAUUGCAUAAAAUGAUAGUCCACUAGAUGUAGUAGACUCAAUUGCCAAGGCUUUAUCAACUCUCAUAACUGGAUAGAAGCAAUAAACAGUGUGGUGUCAUACUCUGAAUGCAAAACAGUUACAUUUGUGUGUGUGUGUAUAAUAUACCAUCAACCAUUUAUACUAUCCAGACUUAGAAUAAAUUUUGUAACUCUAUUUAAUCUUUUUUUGUAGAUAACUGUAUUUUUAAAAAAACUACAUUUGUACAAACUUCUCUGACAGAAAGAGUAUGCAUUAGUUAUCGGUCAUCCAUCCCCAACAUUUCAAGAGUGGUUUGGAAAUUUACUGACAUCACCACCCCAACUUAGUGAUUUAGUGAAUUGCCCUUUUGAGGUAUUUGGUGUUAAGCAAAUAGGGGCUACUUCUCAGUUUCUACUCUGUAAGUUGCAUUCAUGUAUUUAUGCUUGUAGUUACCUUUUAUUUAAAACUUGAAAAUGUUUAAUUUUUAUAAGACUACUGGGAGUUUCAAUAUCUCAAACAGACUCUUUUUGAAGGGAAGUUUGUGUUAAGACUGCAGCUACUGUUGGAAGCCAUAGCUUGUGUUUAAAGUUCAAACAUUCCAUUAAAUGUGAAAACGUUUUUGUGUGUCUCACUUGAUUUGACUCCUAUUCCUUGAAAUAUUUUAGUAUCCUUUAUAGUGGUUGUAAACAGCAUGUGACAAACUUGGUCAUAUUUUCUGAAAAGAAAAAAUGUAGGCCAUAUUAAGUGUUGCAGCUGGAAACAAAUAAAUAGCCCCUAAUAUGAAUGUUUUCUCCAAGAAAGGAAAUAGAAAUACUAUUUUUCUUAUAUGUUGGCCUAUGGAUAAUGGGUAUAUGAGAUAGUGGAAAUAACAGUAGAGCUACUUUUUGAUGGUGAAAUGGCAUGUUUAUGAAUCUCAGCACCAACAGAAUACUUAAGACAAUUGAUCUACAAUACUCUGAUAUGGACACAAUAUUAUCAAACAUUUCAUCUUUGUUUGUAUCAAACAUUGUUACAGUUUAGAACACAGGAUUUUAAGGAAAUGUCAAGCUUAUUCUGCCCACCAUUCUUAUGGAUGUAUUAGAGACAUAAAUCAAGGCCAAGAAAAUACAAAACUCUAAUCCCAAGGCUUUUGUUUUUUAUUGUGGGGAGAGGAACUAUGCAAUUUUAGGAUUAUUGAGUUUCUAUAAGUGUUCUAAGGAUCUUAUAAAUUCUAAUCCUGAACAAAUGGGUGGCACCAUAUGUAUGGAGUGUUAUGAAGUGUAAGCUUUUUGAUCCAGUACAAAACUCAAGAUUAAACAAAAUCAAACUCAAGGUGGAACUAAAUCAAGGAACUCUUGAAAUAUAUUUUUCUCAAUUCUUACUGUUAUUUCCCUUAUGGAUUAUUAAAUGUUAAUAGAGGGAGUAUUUUGGAAUUGUGAAGCAUGAACAUCAAAAAGGUACUGAUCAGAAUGUCAGGAUUUCUAUAUAAAUAGACUUUUCCUUUUCCAAGAAACAAAAAUGCACAAUAGAAGAUGUAAAUUUAUUUCAUUUCUAGAUUAAAUUGGCCAGUUUCAAGCUCUCAUUUAGGAACUCUUGAAAGCUUGUGUGCAUGUAAAGAAUGGUGGUACUUUUUCCAUCUUGCUGUUCAAUACAAUCCCAGGUCUUAUAGGCAUCUGCCUCAGUGAGUCAAAUUAUUGGUCUGUCCAGCUCAGUAGUACUAUUGGGGUUUGGGACAUAAGUCUUUCCAAGCCCUACCUGGAGAUACCAAGGAGAUGUCUGUUACAGCACUUACGUUGUACUGAGCUGUGCCCUCCCUUUCCCUCAGAAGUAACUUCAUUUUUUGCUCUUGGCAGCAUUUUAUGGAGCAUAUUAUAUUGUCCUUUCUCCUUAAUAUUUUCAUCAUAUUCAUUUAUAAGCAGUUUUAUUCAUGAUCAAAAUAGUUGUUGCAACUGGUUCUAUCGGAUUUUAAUAAAUAUUUUAAGAAUAUUUUCUGUGCAGUUUUCAUUAUAGAUGAAUACAUGCAAAUCCAUACACAUACACACUAUAUAUAUAUAUAAAACUAUGCAUAUAUAUAUAUAUAACUAUAUAUAUCUACAUAUAUCCAGUACUUUUUUCUAAAAAAAUGUUUAGGGAUACUCUCAUUUUCCUACUCAUAUUGAAAUACUGCCCCUCAAUGAGGCCAAACUUAGAUUCACAAAAUGUUUAGGGGUAUGCAUACCCCUGUGUCUGCCCAGGGGGAAAGCAUUGCAUACAAUGUUACAGUGGUUUGUGUGGAGAAAAUGGCCAAAGCCUUAAAAGUGAGUACCACAAAAAGUCACUUUUGUAGUUGACGGGUCGGGUUAUAAUGGAGAAAAACAAUACAUUAUUCAGGAAAGAGUAAAGCUGACUAGUAUUUGGGAGGGUGGCCACCUUGCUGGAGAGGGAAAGGAUGUCAGUUCUUUCCUGAUAUGGGAAGCAACCCAACAAAACUGGAAUUCUUUAUUCACUUGUCCUCUUUCCUGUGUUUUUUGGGUUUGUGUCUUUAACUGCUUUUUCAGUUCGUGCCUGAGUUGUCCUGGGUCUGUCCCAAUACUACUUUGGUGCAAUCAUCUUUGAUGUUCAUCUGACCGAACAUUUGUUUUACUUCGUUGGCAGUUCCCAUAUGAUAAAAGGACUGAGAACCUUGUGCAAAUAGAAAGCUAGAUUUUGGGUUAACUUUUUUGCCCAUCAAACUGAUUAUUAGACACAUAAUGGAUGAUUUGCAUUUCUAACUAAAGCAAGCUUGUUCAAAAUACUCUAAAAGCCUUUGUCAAUUCAUAGUUUAUCCAACAUAUUAAAACUUUUUUCAAAAAUAUUGCACUCAGUUGAAAUCUUGAUUCUCCAGGUUUUCUCUUGUAUCCUCACUUAACAUUAGUUUUAAGCUUUUCGUUUAACUUUCUAAGGAAAGUUAAAUUUUCAGGAGUCAAAUGCAAUAAAAUUGUACUCAUUGUACAAUGUACUUUCCUUUUAAUCAAAUGCAUUUUUGUAUUCCCCCCCCCCUAAUUCAAAAGGUCCUUAAUUGGAGCAAGAAUGUUCCCAGUGCCUUUCUCUUAACUAAUUCAAAGAGAUUUUAUCCAUGGUAGGAAGGAUACACCUGUUGUAAUAACCACUCAAUAUCAAAUAAGGCCUUCAUGACUUUCAAAAAAUCAACUUACAAUUGCAGUAAAACUGUAAUACCUCUUAGCAGUAUACUUCUGUUUGUACUGAAUCUGUGACUCUUUUACAUUGUGUGUCUUUAGGCCGAGAGUGACCGACACCUAGAUCUCCAAGACUUGUGAAUAUUCUGCAGCUAAAAAUUAUAUACUUUUGGCAUGCAAAGCAGGACAUGACCCCUCUUCAGGAACAAAACUGAGGUCUGAGCAAUACACAAGUGGCCUCAUAACUAUCUGUUUACAACGUAAACAACCAGGGAAUGAAGUACAUCACCAGCAAAAGACUUUGCAAAAUGAAAUUUGUCUUAAGUGUUUUAUGCUUGUAUUAACUGUAGAGAGAUGUAAGAGAUCACACUAGAAAAUACUUUGUACUGCCAUUCUUAUUGUAUUUUUUAUACUUUUGGCAGCAUUAAAUAUUUUUUUUAAUUGA